AUGUUGAAGCCUACGAUGGGUAAUUGGAUGGUACUGCUGAAAAAUGGCUUUGGAAGAGGAAGUAGAGCAUCAUACACAAGUUCAACAGUACCAAAGAUGAAAGCCUAUACUCCACCAGCAUCUGAUUAUAGAUACACACACAAACAACAACAUGGAAAACAAUCUUCCAAGUCAGCAAAGCAAGACUUCGUACCGGUUUACGUUGCUGUCGGGAUGAUAGCUUUGUCAACAAUGUUGGGUCUCCACACAGCAUGGCAGCAUCUAAGGAACAACCCAAGCGUGCGUGUGAAGAAACAAGGGAGAGAGACUGUUCCUGAAGUAGUUGAACCUGAACAUGUUACGGAGGAAUCUGAUAAAUUGUAUAAGAAUUCCUUUUUUAGGAAAGUUGCGCAUGUUCAGGAACGAAGUUAUCCUGAUCAAAAUCAAGUUCCUAGUUCGAUUAACAAGGAUGUUUUUGCUUAUCAGCCUCGUGUUGAGACUCUUAAGUCUGUUGGUGUUGAUCGCUCUCGAUCCUAA